AUGUCUUGUGACCAGACCGAAGGCGUCAUCAAGAAAAUCAUCCGCGAAAUCGGGCAAGAAUGUGCUGCCCAGGGACAAACUGUUUCUGAAACCUUGGUAGCGUUCAUGGUGAAAGCUGUUGGUUUAGAUCCAAGAAAUGACUUUAAUGUGGAUCGAAUCCUCACAAAAAAAGAUGCGCAAAACCUUAUCCAGCUCUGUGUUACCAGGCUGCUUGACACAACAAACCCAUCCCUGAGCACGAUUAAGAUGCAAGUUUACUUUGAUAUGAACUACGCAAACCGAGCUGAAUUACUCAGUGAGCAGCACCGUGUUCUGGAGGGAAGGCUAGCUCCUGUGGUCAGAGAGAUCACAGACAGUCAUCCUCGUGUGCAAGAAGAAAUGGAGAAUGUGUAUCGAAAGAUCGUUAGCUACGUCCUGCUGAGCUCUGGCCUGGGAUCCCCAACAGAUAUCGAGGUUGUCAGGGAGGUAACAGCUGCCCUGCAGAGUGUAUUCCCCCAGACAGAAAUGAUUACUUUCAUCUCGCUCAAUAAGAAGAACAAAGAGCAACAGCUGAAAAAGCUUGCCAUGCUAGUCACAGGAAUUCGGUUGUACAACAAGGAAUGCCAGAAAGGAGGAAGCAGCAUUGAUGACUUGCCAGCCAUUCUGAACGAAGCCAUUCCGUCAGCUACACGGACUGUCGAUGAAGGUCUUAGCACUUGCCAUACACUAGCCUACCAGUACACAGCUCUGUUGGAAUCCAUGCAGGAAGACCAACACAGAUAUACACAGCUUAGUUCUUUUAAAUUAAAAGAAGCACUGUUCAAUGUGAGACAAUAUGAGGCCUUCCUUUGCAUCCUUCUGUCUGAUGCAAUUACAAGUGCUCAAGAAGUCGAAAAGAUGAAUGUGCAGUUUACAGCAACAAUGGAGCAGCUGAAAAACACAGUGCAGAACAAGGUUUCCGUAGAUACCAAAGAAGUUUUUCCUCUCUUUCUUGCACUUUCUAACCUCUGGAGCGGAUUUCAGGAUGAGAUGCUACUCCUAAGCUUCCUCAGAAAUAUGACUAACAGUCUCCAGCAGUUCUCAGAAAUCCAAUCACAGCUUUUUCCUGAGGAAGUGCUAACUUCUCUUCUGGAAGGAGUGACUGUGAAAAGUGAUGAGGAAAGGAUAAGAGAAACCAUGGGAACCAGAGUGAAUGUUUCUGAUUUCCAGAACCAAGAAUGGCUUUUUCCAGAGACUACUGCUAAUUUUGACCAGUUGCUAAUCCAGUACCACGGUUUCUGUGCACAUGCAAUUGGUGUGAAAGGCCUCACCCUCCCAGGAAAUCCUGCUAUUGGAAUUUUGAAGCACAAGGAGAGAUGUUAUGUUUUCAGUUCCAAGGAAGCUGCAUACAUCUUUGCUCAAGAUCCAGAUAAGUUCAUUCAACUGAAUAUAGAAAAAGCAAAAGAACAUGCAGAGCUCAUUCAACUGCUCGAGCUCCAUCAUCAGUUUGAAUACCUUGCUCCAUAUGCACAGGCCAGAAAUGCAGACGAAUAUUUGAUGAAACCAACCACAAAAUGUGACAGUAGUACUCAAACUGAUACUCAUAUCUUGCCUCCAACUAUUGUGACGUCCUAUGAAUGGAAUGAAUGGGAGCUGAGAAGAAAAGCUAUAAAAUUGGCCAAUUUGCGCCGCAAAUUAACUCAUGCCAUGCAGACUGAUCGCAGCCACAUGAGAAGAGAGAACUCCACCCAAGUGUACUUGCCAAAAGAUGUUAGCACCCAGACCAAGCGUGACAACUCAAGCAAUGUACCCAGACCACAGAUUUUCUUGGAAGGUCUCCGAGGAGGAUCAUCUCCUACUACUCAUAUGGUCAAAGUAGACUUGACAAGAGCAAUAGAUGAAACCUAA